AUGAACAUAUUAAGAUCAAAUCCACUACUUUUAAGACCGCUUAGACUUGGCAAGCUUCCAGUCACUCAAUUCAUAUUGCCAGCGAAUAUAAUCGCGAGAUCAUACAUCACUUCUUCACCAUCUCCGCAACCAUUAUUAUUGCAGAAAUUACCCAACUUCAAAUCAUCAAUACUCCAGUACUCAACAAAGACUGCACCACCACCACCACCUGCCCAUGACAAAGAUUUCAAAGGGAAAAGAAUUCUCAACAGGAUCACUCGCGCAUUUACAUUUUCAUUAUCCUCGGUUAUUGUUUUGGGAGCAGCAGCAGUCGCUCUCUUGGUGAUUUAUCUUAUACUUUCAGAACUACUUUUACCAUCUGGGGAUACGCGUACAUUCAACAAAGCUGUUAAACUCAUUGAGCAAAAUGAACAAGCACAAAAGACAUUGGGUUUUCCGGCAGGAGAAAGAUUGAAAGCUUAUGGAAUGGUUGCUGCCGAUAAAUGGGUGCGUAAUAGACCUGUCCAAAGCUCAAAGACUAGAGGUAAAGAUGGUAAGGAUCACUUGGUGAUGAAGUUCCAAGUUGAGACAAGCACUGGUAGAAUAGGUGUGGCCAUAGAAGAAUAUACAUUGUUGAACCCGAAAGAGCAGAAAUUGCGAGACUUGGUAAAGGAUCAGGGUUUUUGGGAUUAA